AUGGCAACUUUUGCAGGGACAACCCAAAAAUGCAAGGCCUGUGAAAAGACUGUGUAUUUGGUGGAUCAACUUGCUGCUGACAACAAGGUCUAUCACAAAGCUUGUUUUAGAUGCCACCACUGUAAGGGUACCCUCAAGCUGAGUAAUUACUGUUCCUAUGAAGGAGUUCUGUACUGCAAACCUCACUUUGAUCAACUGUUCAAAAUGACUGGCAGCUUAGAUAAGAGUUUUGAAGGGGCACCUAAAACUGCUAGGGCCGACCGAUCUUCUGAGCAGGGCCAUACAAGUAGCAAAGUUUCAAGUAUGUUUGGAGGAACUCAGGAUAAAUGUGUUGCUUGCAAGAAAACUGUUUACCCCAUUGAAAAGGUGGCUGUUGAUGGAACUUCAUACCACAGGGCUUGUUUCAAGUGUAGCCAUGGGGGCUGCGUUAUAAGUCCGUCAAACUAUGUAGCCCACGAGCAUCAACUUUACUGCAGGCACCAUCAUACUCAGCUUUUCAAGCAAAAAGGCAACUUCAGCCAACUGGACAAGCAUGAGCAAACUAAAGAGGAAAAUGGGACGGAAUAA